CUCCCGGCUUCCCGCUCGCCUGCCGCUUCCAGCCUCCUGGCUCCUGCCCCGGCUCGUGCGCCGCUGUCUGCCGCCGGGACGGCUUCGGGCCCGAGGUGCUAGCUGAAGCCCCGCGCCAUGCCGAGGGAGAGGAAGGAGAGGGAUGCGAAGGAACGGGGCACCAUGAAAGACGACGGCGGCAGCGACUUCUCUGUCCGGUCCAGGAAAAGGAAGGCAAAUGUGGCCGUUUUUUUGCAGGAUCCAGAUGAAGAAAUUGCCAAGAUUGACAGGACCGUGAGAGGCCAGUGCGGCAGUCAGCCGUGGGACAGCGAUGUGAUACAUGCAGACCCCUGCUCCUCGAUCCCCACACCCGACAAGGAAGAGGAUGAGCCGGUCUAUGCCAACUCCACGUUUGAUCCUCAUAGCUUGGCACCAGCCAGAGCUUCGCCACUGCCUGUUCUAGACUGGGCAAAUAAAGAGGAGGUCUGGAAAAUCAUGUUAAACAAGGAAAAGAAGUACUUAAGGGAUCAGCACUUUCUGCAGCGACACCCUCUUCUGCAGCCUAAAAUGCGAGCGAUUCUUCUGGAUUGGCUAAUGGAGGUGUGUGAAGUCUAUAAACUUCACAGGGAGACAUUUUACUUGGCACAGGAUUUCUUUGAUCGGUACAUGGCCACACAAGAAAAUAUUGUAAAAACACUUCUACAGCUUAUUGGGAUCUCAUCUUUAUUUAUUGCUGCCAAACUCGAGGAAAUCUACCCUCCGAAGCUGCACCAGUUUGCUUAUGUCACUGACGGGGCUUGUUCAGGGGACGAGAUUCUUACCAUGGAAUUGGUGAUUAUGAAGGCCCUUAAGUGGCAUUUAAGUCCGCUGACCAUUGUGUCCUGGCUGAACGUCUACAUGCAGGUUGCAUACCUAAAUGAUGUGUGUGAGGUGCUACUGCCACAGUACCCCCAGCAAAUCUUCACGCAGAUUGCAGAGCUUUUAGAUCUCUGUGUCCUGGAUGUCGGCUGCCUAGAAUUUUCCUACGGUGUCCUCGCUGCCUCUGCCUUGUACCAUUUCUCGUCGUCCGAGUUGAUGCAAAAGGUGUCAGGGUAUCAGUGGUGUGACAUCGAGAAGUGUGUCAAGUGGAUGGUUCCAUUUGCCAUGGUUAUAAGAGAGACAGGAAGCUCCAAACUGAAGCACUUCAGGGGGGUUCCCACCGAAGACGCGCACAACAUACAGACCCACAUCAACAGCUUGGAUUUGCUGGACAAAGCCCAAGCAAAGAAAGCCAUAUUGUCGGAACAGAAUAGGAUGUCGCCUCUCCCCACUGGGGUCCUCACCCCCCCACCGAGCAGUAAGAAGCAGAACAGUGAGCAGGGAACAGUGUGACCACCCCAGCAUCCUGCACCAAAGACAGUCGUGCGGAAGUGCCUGCUGCGGGUUCUCCGCCUGCUGCCGGAGAGGCGCGCGUUAGCUUUUACAGAGAUUUAAAUGGAGGAGCGCAGCUCUUCCACAGCAGAAGUAUUUCUGUGGAUGACAUUGGACAGGGAGAAGUGGUUUUUAUUGAAUGCUUAGGUUUUUUUUUUUUUACUGAGUGGGUCAAGUACACCAGCCACCUCCAGAACACCAAUGAGUGCUCCCGAUGCUGCUAUGGAGGGUGAUACUUGACUUGACUGUUCUCGCAGUGACAAAGGCUUGAAGUUGAGGAGCACCACUGUUGCAGCUGGGCUCCCCCUGGGUGUUCUGGGUGCAUCGUGUGAAGUGGAGCAGGUGGCUGUGAGCUAGCAUGGUGACGCCGAGCCCACGGCCAGCCAGGCUGGGGCUUGCCCCCUUCACACUAUCAGUUGACAGCGUACAAUGCCUCUUAUGAACUUGUUUUCUAAGUGCUGCUAUGUCUCUCCGUUUUUUAAUAAAGAUAAUACUGUCUUUGAGACAGCUGGUUUUAUGAGCUAUGUCUGGUAAUUUAAGUAAGAAGUCAAACAUUUAGUGUGCCUGUAACCAAAUUCUGAUUCUUGGCUUCAUGCUUCUUGAAGCUCAAGUCUUUGAAGCAAACACAUUGGAAAGAAAACCUUGGCAGUGAGCUUCUGGGGUGGCCCUGGCUGCCUUCUGAGGCCCCCGGGCUGGGAGCGAGGCUCCGAUGUGGUCUUCCUCUCACGGUAGCCUGCUCACCCCUGCUCACUGGGCCUCGGUAGCAGCAGUGCUGAGUCGUGUCCACAUCCGACAGGAUCCGUGGGUUUGACUUCUUCCCUGGGACUGCUUAAAGAAUCUGUAAUUAGUAUUAUUUAAUACCUUUCACCCUGGCCCAGAUCUUCACCUGAAGAAUCGAUCGAGUUUUGUUGGAGAACUUGUUAGCACAGUAGCCUGAAAGUAUGCUCUUAAGUAGAAGGUGCCGAGUGACGUUAUGUGUGGCUCAAGGCCAUGAUGUCUGCGUACAGUCCGCUCCCUGGCCGUCGAUGAGGUCGCCAAGUGCCUUGCUAGCGGUCCCUGUCCACUUGAAGUGAACAGCUCGCCUUGCUCCCUGUUGGACAGCCCCCGCGGGCUUGUCUAUAGUGUGCUGCACUCCAGAGUGCUCUGGUGUGCUUGGGGGGGGA